UGCUUCUCAUGCUCUGCCGGGGGUUUUCCUUGCCAGUGGAUUGUGUAGAAUACACUGCCAGUCUCUUGUCUUCUGUUCACCAUGGCUUCUUCUGAUAUCCAGGUGAAAGAACUGGAGAAGCGUGCUUCAGGCCAGGCUUUUGAGCUGAUUCUCAGCCCUCGAUCAAAAGAAUCCGUCCCAGAAUUCCCCCUUUCCCCUCCAAAGAAGAAGGAUCUUUCCCUGGAGGAAAUUCAGAAGAAAUUAGAAGCUGCAGAAGAAAGAAGCAAGUCCCAUGAAGCCGAGGUCUUGAAGCAGCUGGCUGAGAAGCGGGAGCACGAGAAAGAGGUGCUUCAGAAAGCCAUAGAGGAGAACAACAACUUCAGUAAGAUGGCGGAAGAAAAGCUGACCCACAAAAUGGAGGCCAACAAAGAGAACCGAGAGGCCCAGAUGGCCGCCAAACUGGAGCGCUUGCGGGAGAAGGACAAGCACAUUGAGGAAGUGCGGAAGAACAAGGAAUCCAAAGACCCUGCUGAUGAAACUGACGCUGACUAAUUUGUUCUGAGAACUGACUUUCUCCCCUUCCCCUUCCCAAAUAUCCAAAGACUGUACUGGCCAGUGUCAUUUUAUUUUUGCCCUCCUGACAAAUCUAGAAGCUGAUGUAGGACUGUAUAGGUAGAUCCAGAUUGUAUGAUGUUGUUUUCGGGCCUAAAGGGGAGAAACGGA